AUGGGCCAGCAGCAAAGACUCCCGGGCGAACCCAAGGAUCUCAUCCCAAGUCCAGAUGUUACUGUGGUAAAUCGUUGGUACUACCCACCUGAACUUAAAAAUGACAUGGAGAAUAGUGGCAUCUCAAAGGAAACGAGAGAUGAAGUGUUGGCAACUGCAUGGGAGUAUACGCGAUGCGUCAUCCCUGAGUUUACCAACUGGUCUCGCUAUUUGGCUUUCGUGCGCGUCAUCGCCAUGUGCACCGUUUGCGAGUUCCGUGGCGACCUGUUCAACGUGGUAGAAAGCAGACAGGCUGUGGGCUACAAUGCUGAUGCAGUCGCUGAUGACCUUUUCAAAGGCACACCCGGCCAUGACGCCAUGGCACGCGAGCUACGUUCUUUUCUCCUCAUUGUGGCGGACAAGGCUGGUCCCCGUCGGGAAGGGGAGCUCUUCCGACGAUAUGUCAAUGCUCUAGCCCGGUCACCAAGGCAGUGGUUCCGCAUGCGAGACGGAGACGCACUCGCCCGGUUCACUAUUGCGGCUGCAAUGGCAUGCAACGACCUGGAUGAUGUCUACUUUUCGGAUGCACAAUUCGAGAUUCUGACCGAGCUGGCAGACACGCUAUACGAUGCCGUCGCUUUCUUCAAACACCGUUCUGAAGGAGAGACCAACAGCACUUUCGCCUACGUCCCCGUUGAGUUGCGCGUUCACGCGUUCCACCAAGCCCGCGAGACGCUAUGGGCUCUGGAUACCUGUUGGGCAAUGAAGCCCGAACUUCGACACGUUGUUAAUUUUAUACGAAAUAUCGGAGGCCCCAUUCACAUGGUUAUGCGGCGGUAUCGUUUCGUCGAAGAAAACUUGACCAUCGGCACCCCGGAGACGACAAAGAUUAUCGAUGAAGCUCGCCGCAAUGUAAAACUUUGGAACCGUGUCGACGCAAAGGAAGAAGGAAAGAGCAGUGGUUCUCUAGAUGUCCAGCGCUAUGAGAGUAUCAUCAGAGGUCCACACGAAGACUUGAUGUAUCACGAGCUUAACGAGUUUCUUGAGGACAGCGAUGGAGCAACUUGCACAAACUGCAACUUCCGACAAACCUACGGAGCUGACAAUAACCAUCGUUUCGGUGGUGUGGAACUAUGUCAAAAAUGCAAGGUUGCGUGGGGAAACUAUAUCCAAUCGUUCCCUAAGCGCACCUUGGACGCUUUCCCAGAGCUUGAAGGUCUAGAUGGCUUUGCUUAG